GUUUCGCACGCUGAACCCUGACAUUCCGGAUAUUUGCUUGGUCCGCGGUCUCACGGGGUCUUACAUCUUCGCUGUCACAGAUCUGAUCCUUUUGCGGCACCGGCGGAACGAUUUGGCCACUCGAAAUGUGGCGGAGAUUCUUGAGCGGGUUUGCAAGAACCUGGUGGACCAGGAUCUGGACGAGGUCUUGAUUUCUCGGCCACGACCGGGCGGCCUCGCCAAGCGGAGGCGAGUGGUCACGAUGAGGUUCGAGGCCAGGCUUGUCAGAGUGCGAGUCAUUCCGCUUGAGUUUCGCUUGUGCUACGAUUUCAUGAAUCCAAGCCCUGCAGGAUCGCGAUGUUGA